CUCUCGCACCUGACAGUGCAAGAGUUCCCAGACACCACUGACUACUGAGUGUGCUCUAAUUUACAUAUUUUAUAUAUAUAUUUAUAAUAUAUCAAAAUCUCAUGUAAAAUAACCAGAUCUCCUUACCUUGCAAUGAAACACCCUCGCCGAGCUCCAAUCCUGCUGCGUAGAAUGACGAUCAGAGACGCUUUGCUGUGCUUCUUCAUCGUAAUCCAUUAUUUUUCAGCUGCUUCCGCUGAUUCCAUCCACGGCUGUGGCGGAUUUGUCGAGGCUAGUACGUCUUUGAUGAAGUCGAGGACGACGAAUGCUGCGAAAUUGGAUUAUUCUCAUAUCACGAUUGAGCUUCGCACGGUGGAUGGACUGGUAAAGGACAGAACUCAGUGUGCUCCCAAUGGCUACUACUUCAUUCCAGUAUACGACAAGGGUUCUUUGGUAAUUCAAAUAAAUGGACCAGAAGGAUGGGCGUGGGACCCAGAGAAGGUUCCUGUUGUUGUUGAUGAUACUGGUUGCAAUGGCAAUGAAGAUAUAAAUUUCCGUUUCACAGGGUUCACCAUUUCUGGUAAGGUGGUGGGAGCUGUGGGUGGAGAGAGCUGUGCUCUUAAGAAUGGAGGCCCUUCAAAUGUAAAAGUUGAACUUUUGUCUCCUAAUGGCGAUCUUGUCUCUUCUGUCUUGACAUCAUCAAUGGGGAGUUACUUGUUCACAAAUAUACUUCCAGGAAAAUAUGAAUUACGUGCUUCGCAUUCUGAUCUGAAAGUUGAAGUUCGAGGCUCCACAGAGGUGGAAUUGGGGUUUGGAAAUGGUGUAGUUGAUGACAUUUUCUUUGUCCCUGGGUAUGAUGUCCAUGGCUUUGUUGUUGCUCAGGGAAAUCCAAUAUUGGGAGUUCACAUGUAUUUAUACUCAGAUGAUGUCUUAGAGGUAGAUUGUCCCCAAGGUUCUGGUAAUGCCCCUGGACAAAGAAAGGCUCUCUGCCAUGCUGUAUCCAAUGCUGAAGGAAUGUUUAUGUUUAAAUCAAUACCCUGUGGAAGAUACGAGCUCAUACCUUUCUACAAGGGUGAAAACACAGUAUUUGAUGUUUCACCUCCCAUUGCAUCAGUGAUUGUUGAGCAUCAACAUGUGACAGUUCCCCAAAAGUUUCAGGUCACUGGAUUUUCUGUUGGGGGCCGUGUAGUUGAUGGAAAUGACGUUGGAGUGGAGGGUGUUAAAAUUAUAGUUGAUGGUCAUGAAAGGUCUAUCACUGACAAACAAGGAUUUUACAAGCUCGAUCAGGUUACUUCCAAUCGCUAUACAAUAGAGGCCAUAAAGGAGCAUUACAAAUUCAACAUACUGAAGGAUUAUAUGGUAUUGCCAAACAUGGCUUCGGUUACUGAUAUUAAAGCAGUUUCCUAUGAUGUAUGUGGUGUAGUUCGGAUGGUUAGUGCUGGUUUCAAGGCAAAGGUAGCUUUGACUCAUGGACCAGAAAAUGUCAAACCUCAAGUGAAACUGACUGAUGGAAGUGGAAAUUUCUGCUUUGAGGUUCUACCAGGUGGAUACCGCUUAUCUGCUAUGGCAGCUACACCUGAGAGUGCUCCUGGACUCAUGUUUUUGCCAUCGCAUGUUGACAUUGUUGUCAAAAGUCCAUUGUUGAAUGUUGAAUUUUCUCAGGCACUAGUCAAUGUACUUGGUACUGUAGCCUGCAAGGAGAACUGUGGCCCGUUAGUUUCUGUUACCCUUGUGAGAUUCGCUGGUAAACGCAAUGAAGAGAGAAAGACAGUUACUUUGACUGACAACAGCAGUGAAUUCCUCUUUUCAAAUGUCAUCCCUGGACAAUACAAGCUUGAGGUCAAACACAACUCCCCAGAAGGAGUGACAAGGGAAGAUAAUUGGUGCUGGGAGCAGAGCUUCAUUGAUUUGGACGUUGGUGCUGAGGAUGUAGAAGGAAUUGUAUUCGUUCAAAAAGGUUACUGGGUUAAUGUUAUCUCCACCCAUGAUGUAGAUGCUUACAUGACUCAAGAAGAUGGGUCACCUGUAAAUUUGAAGAUUAAGAAAGGUUCCCAGCAUAUAUGUGUAGAAUCUCCCGGAUUGCAUGAACUUCAUUUUGUUAACUCAUGUAUUUUCUUUGGGAGUUCAUCAAUGAAGAUUGAUACAUUCAACCCUUUGCCCAUCUAUCUGAAAGGAGAGAAGUAUCUACUUAAAGGACGGAUCAAUGUUGAAUCUAGCACACUUGAUGGUGCAUAUGAAGUACCCGAGAGUAUUGCUGUGGACAUUCUGAACAGUGGGGGCAGUGUUGUUGAUGGUACCACAGCUAAACUUAGUUCCAAUGACAAUGAUCAAACAAGUGCUGCCAUUUAUGAGUUCUCUGUAUGGGCUAAUCCUGGAGACAAACUUACCUUUGUUCCUCGGGACUCAAGGAAUAAUGGGGUGAAGAAGAUCUUGUUUUAUCCUAGACAACGUCAUGUCUCAGUGACAAAUGAUGGUUGUCAAGCUUCCAUUCCUCCAUUUUCUGCUCGGUUGGGCUUAUAUAUUGAAGGAUCCGUUUCUCCUCCUCUUUCUGGUGUUCAUAUUAGUAUUCUUGCUGCUGGAGAUAGCCACAUUGCUGCCCUUAAGAACAGUGAAUUAGUACUUGAAACUACCACAAAGAUGGAUGGAUCCUUCAUUGCUGGACCUUUAUAUGAUGACAUAACGUAUAGCGUUGAGGCUUCGAAGCCUGGAUAUCAUCUGAAACGGGUUGGACCUCACUCCUUUUCUUGUCAGAAGCUUGGUCAAAUUUCUGUACAUAUACAUUCUAAAGAUGGUGCUAAGGAACCUAUUCCAUCCGUGCUGCUAUCAUUGAGUGGAGAAGAGGGUUAUAGGAAUAACUCAGUAUCUGGGGCUGGUGGAACAUUCCAUUUUGAUAACUUAUUUCCUGGAACUUUCUAUCUGCGUCCUCUGCUGAAGGAGUACGCUUUCUCACCACCAGCACAGACAAUAGAACUUGGUUCUGGGGAGUCUAGAGAAGUCACUUUCCAGGCCAUCCGUGUGGCUUACAGUGCUACAGGGGUGAUCACUUUGCUGUCUGGCCAACCCAAAGAAGGUGUUUCAGUUGAAGCCCGGUCUGAGUCAAAAGGUUACUAUGAGGAAACAGUGACUGAUUCAUCUGGAAGUUAUCGUCUGAGAGGACUCCAUCCUGACACUACAUAUGUAAUAAAAGUAGUGAAAAGGGAUGGUCUGGGUAGCCCGAGAAUUGAGCGUGCAUCUCCAGAAUCUAUUCCUGUUAAGGUUGGAUCUGAGGAUAUCAGGGGCUUGGAUUUCCUGGUCUUUGAACAGCCAGAGAUGACCAUUGUAAGUUGCCAUGUUGAAGGAAAGAGAGUAGAGGAACUAAAUUCACAGCUAAUGGUGGAAAUAAAGUCAGCCAGUGACAUGACUAAGAUUGAGUCAGUCUUCCCUCUGCCACUUUCCAACUUCUUCCAGGUGAAGGACUUGCCUAGGGGCAAGCACCUUCUGCAGCUCAGAUCUAGUCUACCAUCAACCACCCACAAAUUUGAGUCCGAGAUUAUCGAGGUCGACUUAGAGAAGAAUACCCAAAUUCAUGUUGGUCCACUCAGAUACAAAGUUGAAGAGGACCACCACAAACAGGAGUUGACUGCGGCACCUGUGUUUCCUCUCAUUGUUGGGGUUUCAGUGGUUGCUCUGUUUAUCAGUUUUCCACGAUUGAAGGACUUGUAUCAAUCCACUGUGGAUAUACCAACCCCAGGAUUCACUGCAACUGUGAAGAAGGAAGCACGAAGGCCAAUUUUGAGAAAGAAGACUUACUGAAUACCCUUUUUGUGCGCAUAGAAGACAGAAAGUUUUGGUGUUAAAUCUAAUCUUCUGUUUAAGUUCGUUCGAAGACGAGCUAUCCUUGGGGAGAGCAUUAGGGUUUUGAAAUUACCAAUUAGAUUAGGGCUUUUUUUUUUUUUUUUUUUUUUUCCAAUUUAAAACUAUAAGAUUUUUUCUGGUUAAAUUUAGAAGCAAAUGUAGUUAUUUAGAAUAACCGGUUCAUUCAUAUAAUUGAUGCUGGCCAUUCUUCUUCUCAUGUCAACAUCUCUGAAUGCUUGUGCUGAUGCUUCCAGUUUCCUCCCAUUUUAAACCAAUGCAAGGCUUAUCUUCGCAGAUUUCAA